GACAUCAUGGUCAGUGGCACUUUCUCCCUCAACUGCGCCUAGGGCAGCCUUUCUGAAGUUUUUCCUGAGAGACCGAGGGUGUCAUUGGGGAAAACCCCUUCUCCGGACGCGCCUUAAGGGAAGCUGUCAAACCCAGAAGCACAGAAAAGAGUUUCGUUUUGGAUAUGGCACCAUUUUUCUAGACCACCUUGAAGAAGGCUGUUGACAUACUAGUUGGAAUGGUUCCAAUAGCUGACCUUGCAAAACACUUCAGAUUCAAAGAACUUCCUUUGUAAAAACAUCAAGGGAGGUGUCACAGUUUUCCAUUUAGAUCAACAACUUCAAAUUCCUACCAUGGAAAAUUCGGAGAAGACAGAAGUGGUUCUCCUUGCUUGUGGUUCCUUUAAUCCUGUCACCAACAUGCACCUCAGGUUGUUCGAGCUGGCCAAGGACUACCUGAAUGGGACAGGAAAGUACAGAGUUAUCAAAGGCAUAAUUUCUCCUGUUGGUGAUGCGUAUAAUAAGAAAGAGCUCAUCCCUGCCCAUCACCGAGUAAUCAUGGCAGAACUUGCCACCAAGAAUUCAAAAUGGGUGGAAGUCGACACCUGGGAAAGUCUUCAGAAGGAGUGGGUAGAGACUGUUAAGGUGCUAAGACACCAUCAAGAGAAGCUGGAGGCUAGUAACUGUGACCAGCAGCAGAACUCACCUAUGCUAGAAAGGCCUGGACGGAAGAGGAAGUGGACUGAACAAAGACAAGAUUCCAGUCCAAAGAAAUCCCUAGAUCCCAAAACAAAAGGGGUGGCAAAGGUGAAGUUGCUGUGUGGGGCAGAUUUAUUGGAGUCCUUUGGGGUUCCCAAUUUGUGGAAGAGUGAGGAUAUCGCCCAGAUCGUCUCAGACUAUGGACUCGUAUGUAUCACUCGGGCCGGAAGUGACGCUCAGAAGUUCAUCUACGAAUCUGAUGUGCUGUGGAAACACCAGAGCAACAUCCACCUGGUGAACGAAUGGAUCACUAAUGACAUCUCGUCCACGAAGAUCCGGAGAGCCCUCAGAAGGGGCCAGAGCAUUCGCUACUUAGUACCAGAGCUUGUCCAAGAGUAUAUCAAAAAUCAUGAUUUGUAUAGCUCCGAGAGUGAAGACAGGAAUGUUGAGGUCAUCCUAGCUCCUUUGCAGAGAAAUAUUGCAAAAGCUAAGGCAUAGGAAUUCUAUAAUGGAAAUUUUGGACUUUCCCUUUUGGGGAUUUGAAACAAUCUGGGUAUUAGUAAUUGGGGAAAGGAAUUGUGAUCCUGUUUCAUAAACUAAAGCUUAAAACUUCGGUAAAUUUUCUUUUAAUCAGAAGUUGCUAAGAAGAAUGUUUUCAGUAGGGUCUUU